AUGGCGGAUAAUGAUGACUGGCUGGUCGGGGCAGCAUUAGAUUUUGGAACCAUGUACAGCGGAUACGCAUUUUCUUUCCGAGAUUCUCCAAAUGAUAUCCAUACACCACAAACUUGGUAUGCCGGAUCUACCACGCUUGCCUCCUCGAAAACUCCAACUUGUCUACUUUUAAACCCAGACAAGACUUUCAACAGUUUUGGAUAUGAAGCACAGGACAAAUAUGCCGAUUUGGCAUCUGAGGAAAGACACAGAGAGUACCUUUACUUUGAACAUUUCAAGAUGACGCUGCACUACGAAAAAAAUGGCCAUGGGGGAGUUGGGGAGCGUCUGGGAAAAUCUGAAAAGGUCCCGUUACAAUUCUAUCUAUGCCUCAAAUGUAUUGAAUGUGGGGCUUAUUUUGGUCGAAGAACUAAAAAUAUUUUGAAUACAGUACCAACCAGACCGAACCUGAUAACCAAGCAGUCUCAGAAAGUAGUUCCUGAUAGUGCUAUAUGGAACUGCUGUGGGACAACACUGAGAACCCUGUAG